UACCCUAGCUAGUUGCAAAAAGUUAACGCUAGAUAGCUUAAGAGGAAAAUACUUAAGUGCUUAACAGUGAUAAAAUAAGUAACGUUGUGCUGAUCUUUUACCGAAGUAAAAGUACUAGCUAGCUAACACUGUGGAAAAAUUCCAAAAUAAGUAAAAUACUUGCAUUCAAAAUCUUACUUAAGUAAAAGUAUGAAUCAUAAAAAUGUAAAAUAAGUAAUAGUAUAGUAUUCGACUCAGUAUUUGAUUCAGAUAUUGCUAGUAAUACAACGCUGUUACAAGAAAAAGUCCUGCAUUGAAAAUGCUACUUAAGUUAAUGUAUUAGCUAAAUAUAAUUCACUAUACAGGAAGGGACCGAAAUACUGUCAUCUGAAAACUAACUAAUGCUAGAUGUGAGCUUUGUGACAGUUAAAGGUGUCAACUCAGAAAGAGACAAUGCAGGUGUUGCCUAUUUGGGAGCUUUCCAUCCCUCUCCCAGCAGUGCUGAUGAUUACUCUGAGUCUCUACAUGAUCAUCCUGGGGAUCGGGCUGUGGAUCCGAUCCUGCCUCAAGGACCGUUGUUCUUCAGAGUGUUGUGACUGCUGUCCAAACAUUUCCGUAUGUGACCAGUGCUUCAGAUUUGCGGAAAUGUGUGACUGUCACCUGCCAACCGUGCGCUCAUGUCGGACCGUUUCGUGCCCUUCUCCAUCUUGUGCCAAAUGGGACUGUGCCUGCACCUGUCAGCUUCCGGAGUGUGACUCCUGCAACUGCCUCUGCUUCGAGAUCCGGAUGAAGUAGAAGACCGAGGUGCACCAGUGUCCACUGAGCGACCACAUGUGCUUUAGUUUUUGAGUUCUU